ACUUCCGUGCGUAUAACUUUAAGGAUAUUUUGUCUUCCUUGCGUAGAAUUUGUCCUUUUUUGUAGAGUUGCCUUAACUUUUCAGCCGAAUUCACAAAAAGACAGUUGAAAAACGUAAACAAUCGAUAAUAAUUCAUUUAAUUAUGCUCAAUUGCCUUUAUUUGUUAUGUUAAGUUUGUAAAAUAAGUGAAAGGAACAUGGAUUUCAACAUACGACAAGAUUAUAUGCGACAGAAACUUGAUUUACUAGGAUAUUCAUCACAUUCACUGCCACUUUCAGCAGUUCCUUUAGUUUCUGCUGUUUUAGAUGACUUAAUAGCAACAACAGAGAGUUUAAAGAAGGCAAAAGAUGAGCUUGGACAGUUGUUGGAACAGAAAAAUGCUUGGGAACUUGGAAAUGAGGUCUACAAAUGCGACAAUUCUAAGCUGCUACAUGAAGUCAACCGACUAAAAUUGGAACUCCUGAAUAAAGAAAAGAAUGUCCAAAUCGAGAAUGCUGGAUUAAAGAGGAAAAUUAGAAGCCUUGAAGCUGACAGGAAGUCACUUGAUGAAAAAUGCUCAGAACUAAAUCACAUGAUUACUUUAUUCAGUCAGUCUGACAAGUCUAAAGGAAAGAAGUCACUAAGGCCAUUCGUUUCGACUGUUCGAAAGAAUGCAUCAUUUCCUGAUAUAUCCUCAGACUCUAAAGAACCGGCUUGUAGCUGUACAUCAGCCAAGUCGAGUGCUCCAAUUAAUAAAAGAUCAGAAAGAGAACUAGAAAAGCUUAAAAACGAAUUAAAACAUGCUGAAGAUGUAAUUGAAGUUUUAAGGAAGCAUGAAGCUGAAAAGGAACGCGAAAUUCAGAGACUUAGUGCCUUAUUUGUUGGUGGUAGACCAGUUAAUGCUCUCGCACGUGAUUGUUGCUAUAAAGAUGUGUCUAAAAUUACAGAGGACAUCAGUCAUCUUCAAAAGGAUAAAAUCGAAUUAACUACAAGACUAGCUGAUAAUGAGGAACGGUACGAAAAGCUAUUCCAAAAAUGGAAGAUCCAAAAGUGUACAAUUAAGAAUCUUGAAGAUCAGUUAAAAGAAAUAACAGAAGCAGCACUUUAUGUCGAAAAGGAAGCAAAUAUGAGGAUUAAGAACCAAAAUCGAAACAUUGCGGAACUGAAAGAAAAUCUUAAUUCCAAUGGAAGUUCAGUGCCUCAAGAAUUAAAGGAACUAAAGCGUACAAUUAAGGAUAAAACAAAACAGGAACAAAAACUGCUAUUUGAAAUUGAAUACCUAAAAAAUAAGCACAAUGAGCAGGAACAGCAAUGCUCUAAUAAGAAUUCAGAAAUAAUAACAGAGCUGAUUAAAGAACGUGAUAUAUUACAGAAUAGACUUAAAAUGAUGUGCGAGAAUCAGCCAAGAGAUCCACAAAACCAUCACACAAAUCAUUGCAGUAAUGCAAGCUGCAAUGUCCAUCAGAUUUAUUCACAAUUAAGGGAAAAGGAACAGCAAGUUUGUAAGUUACAGGAUGAGCUAUGCAGCAUAAGAAAUGAGAAAACACAAAUGCAUCCACAUGGCAUACUUACAGUUACAAAUAAUUUAAGACGUGCUGAAUGUGAACGUGAUUGUGCUUUAAAUAAGGCACAAUCAAUGAAAAUGGACAAUGAUGCAUUAAAUGACAAGAUUAAAGUACUGCAAGAUUGCAAGAUUAGUGACAAUAAGAAGAUCAUCCAGUUAGAGGAAACAAUAUCGAAAUUAAAGCUUGAUAUUAAGGAUCUCCAUUCAGCCAAAACGCCUGCAUUUACAACAAUUAAACAGCUUCGAGAAGAGAAUUGUGAGCUACAGAUUAAGUUGAGGUCGUCAGAUGAGGAUUAUAAGAAGCUCAACAAUACUUACAAUCAAGUUAAAAUGCUCAGCCAACAGACUGAAAAUGUCUUAAUGAGUGUUCAAAAUCAGCUUGAAUUUACAAAGUGUGAGUUAAGUGAACGAGAAUCACAAAUAUGCUGCAUUAAUAAAUCCAAUGACUGUCUUAAAGAUCAAAUUGAAAAGCUUUCAGCUGAAAUUAGUAAAAUUAAGAGCGAAAAAUCGACUGUUGAACGUGAAAAGGAAUUUUACAUGAUGACAUUGGAUAGAAAAAAUGAGAAGCUGCAUUGUGUCGAGUCUAAAAUGGAAUCUGUGGCUUGUUUGAAGGAAUCUAAUAGGAUGAUGAAGACACAAAUUGAUGAUCUAAACUGUGAAAUCAAGCGCCUAGAAUCAAUUGUAUGCGAUACGAGAAAUGAAAAUCAGUGUCUGUGCAAGCAACUUGAAACAACCAAACAUCACUUAACAAAUGCAAUUCAUGAGAACGGAAGAAUGGUUGAUGAACUAGCAACAAUUACAGCUGAGCUAAAUGCGACCAAAAAGUGCCUUAUUGAUAGCCAGAAAGAAUCAGAAGUUAUUAGAACUAAAUUGCAAUCGUAUAUCCAUGAAAUUGAGAGAAUUGAUGGCUUGAUAACGUUCAAGGAAGGAGAACGAAAGCAGACAAUUGGUCAAUAUAAAGAUCUCGAAUGUCAAUAUAAGAAUUUAGAUCAAGAGACUUGUGAGUCAAAGAGAUUAAUUGCUGACUUUGAGCAGCGAAUAAAGCAUCUGACUGGCCAGCUACAUGCUAAAGACAUUGAUAUAGAGACACUCGAGAAACAGCUUAUUGACAUUUCUACAGAAGUUGAAUGCAUUAGAAGUGAGAAUAUGAAGCUACACGUCGAACUUGAAGCACAAAGGAAUUUAUGUGAGAAACUUGAUAUCCAGAAAGAAAAACAGAAGAAUGAGAUUCGCGAGUAUCAGUUAAGCUGCAAAGAACUAUUAGAAAAGAACGAUAAAUUACGUGAAGAGAUUCUAUUGAUGAAGGAACUAGGGGCAGGUGACACUCACAUUUCAGCAUCUUAUCAUCCUACCAUGUAGUAUUAAAUUAUAUUUCCUAUUUGUUUUAAAAUAUUUUAAUUAACUUAAUAAUAUACAUUGUGUUCAACAUAAAUCCAAUAUUUCGAUUGCACCAAAAUGUGUGACUUAAAAACAAUUUUAAUUUAUAUUAUAACGGAUUUCAAAAAUUUGAGUUCGAACUGUUUUCAAAAACUUAAAUAAAAUUCAAAAUUUUGAAAACUGUUAAGAAAAUUUGAAAUUUCAUCGGCAA